AUGAAAAGCAAGAAACCAAUUACCACUCCAAAACAUCUAUCUGACAACCUCCUAAACAAAAGACUAUUUGAAACAAUGCCUUACUGUUUUUCUGAAAGUGGGAGUAUUAGAGAACCUUUCUAUAAUAUAGGCAAAGAUUUUCAUGAUUAUUCUACAUCUUUUCCUAGUAGGAAAAGUUCAGGAGAUCCAAGUGAUGAUGAUUAUGAUGAGAGUGAGUCUGAUUGCCAUAACGAAACAGACGAAGAAUAUCCAGACUUAUCAAGUGAUGAUGAAAAGACUAUUGAGGAUAAUGGUGAGAUUGAUACAGUUAUUACUGAAGAUAAUUACGAAGAAAUUGUAAAUAGACUUAAACAAAUGGUUUUAAGCCAAAUAAUUUCACAACAUAAAAGUGAACAAACAAAGUUACAUCAAAAAUUUAUAGAGUGUUGUUCUAUUAUUAAUACAGAAAAGGAUGAUAUCGUCCAUGAUAUGGAAUUGUUUGGAUUAGGUAUUCUUGACAAAGAUAAAAUUAAUGAUACUCUUAGUUGUCUCGAAAAUACAGUCAAUGACCUACAGAGGAAUUUUGAAGAUAAAAAAUAUAUUAAUACAAUUAAUUAA